GGCGCGUUCCGGGGGCUCCCGCUGGUUCUCGGAGCGCGGAGAGCCGUGCCAGACGGGCGCGCGCGCGGGCUGUGCGGACGGGGCGCGCAUCGGCCGCGGGCGGCUCGAGGGGUCCUGCAGAGCGGCGUCGAGAACCGGAGCGUCCGGCUGACAAGCGGGCGCCGCGAUGGCCGAGGGCAGCGCCGUGUCCGACCCUCAGCACGCCGCGCGCCUGCUGCGGGCGCUCAGCUCUUUCCGCGAGGAGUCCCGCUUCUGCGACGCGCACCUGGUCCUCGACGGGGAGGAGAUCCCGGUGCAGAAAAACAUCCUGGCGGCGGCCAGCCCGUACAUCAGGACAAAGUUAUACUAUAAUCCUCCAAAAGAUGAUGGAUCAACCUAUAAGAUUGAACUUGAAGGGAUAUCGGUAAUGGUUAUGAGAGAGAUCCUGGAUUACAUCUUCAGUGGGCAGAUCCGGCUAAAUGAAGAUACAAUCCAAGAUGUUGUACAGGCAGCAGACCUGCUCCUGCUGACGGAUCUUAAGACUCUGUGCUGUGAGUUUCUAGAAGGCUGUAUUGCUGCUGAGAACUGCAUUGGGAUCCGAGACUUUGCCCUUCAUUACUGCCUGCACCAUGUCCAUUACCUUGCCACAGAAUACCUGGAGACUCAUUUCCGAGACGUCAGCAGCACAGAAGAGUUCCUAGAACUGAGUCCUCAAAAGCUUAAAGAAGUGAUUUCUCUUGAGAAGUUAAACGUUGGCAAUGAAAGAUAUGUCUUUGAAGCAGUCAUUCGAUGGAUAGCACAUGACACAGAAAUCAGAAAGGUCCACAUGAAGGAUGUCAUGUCGGCACUAUGGGUUUCAGGGUUAGACUCCAGCUACUUACGGGAACAGAUGCUGAAUGAACCUUUAGUACGAGAAAUUGUCAAAGAGUGCAGCAACAUUCCACUCAGCCAGCCACAGCAGGGGGAGGCGAUGCUGGCGAAUUUCAAACCCCGGGGUUACUCAGAAUGCAUCGUGACUGUUGGUGGAGAAGAAAGAGUUUCACGGAAACCAACAGCAGCGAUGCGAUGUAUGUGCCCUCUUUAUGACCCUAAUAGGCAGCUUUGGAUUGAACUGGCCCCUUUAAGCAUGCCAAGAAUUAACCACGGAGUGCUCUCAGCAGAAGGAUUUUUGUUUGUAUUUGGGGGCCAAGAUGAAAAUAAGCAGACCCUGAGCUCAGGAGAAAAGUAUGACCCAGAUGCAAAUACAUGGACAGCAUUGCCACCAAUGAAUGAGGCAAGGCAUAACUUUGGAAUUGUGGAGAUAGAUGGAAUGCUAUACAUUUUAGGAGGAGAGGAUGGUGAGAAAGAGCUAAUUUCCAUGGAGUGUUAUGAUAUUUAUUCUAAAACCUGGACAAAGCAACCUGAUUUGACCAUGGUUAGAAAGAUUGGCUGCUACGCAGCUAUGAAAAAGAAAAUCUAUGCCAUGGGUGGAGGAUCAUAUGGAAAACUUUUUGAAUCUGUGGAAUGUUACGACCCAAGGACCCAGCAAUGGACUGCUAUUUGCCCCCUGAAAGAGAGAAGGUUCGGCGCUGUCGCCUGUGGAGUUGCCAUGGAGCUCUACGUGUUUGGGGGAGUCCGAAGUCGCGAGGACAUCCAGGGUGGUGAGAUGGUGACUUGCAAGUCUGAAUUCUACCAUGAUGAGUUUAAAAGAUGGAUCUAUCUUAAUGACCAGAAUUUAUGCAUCCCCGCGAGUUCCUCUUUUGUUUAUGGAGCUGUACCCAUAGGAGCCAGUAUUUACGUUAUCGGAGAUCUUGAUACAGGUACCAAUUACGACUACGUGCGUGAGUUUAAGAGAAGCACAGGAACCUGGCACCACACUAAACCACUCCUUCCCUCCGACCUUCGCCGCACCGGGUGUGCAGCCUUACGUAUUGCAAAUUGCAAGCUUUUCCGCCUGCAGCUUCAGCAAGGCCUAUUCCGCAUCCGUGUUCAUUCGCCUUGAAGCAGCAGCAGAGCAGAAGCAGAGCUCCUGAGCAAGUGCACCACAGCACGGCUUUCUGUGAGGGGACAGAAAUGGCAGCCAGAACUUGCUCUGCGUGCCGGGCUUUGUAUGGUACCUCUGGUGGUUUUAUGAUGCUUAGAAGCUUGAGCUUCAGCUCUUGUUUGGGAGAACACGUGAUUGUUGAAAACUACCUGGGAGGAAGCAGCUCCUCCAGUUAGAUGUGUCUGUACACAAACAGAGGCUAGUAAAUGUCAGAAGGAAAAGGGAAGUGGGAAUCGGUAUAAUGUAAAAUAUUGACGUUAAAAUACUAAGGUGCGUUUUCCUUGAAGGGAACUCGUAUCCGACUGACGGUUGUGUGCGAGUCCCUGGCUUUGGUAAAUAAACAAACAAAAAUCCAUAUAUGCAAAUCAACAUAUCCUAACAUACCAAGAUUGCUUUCUACUGCACUUGAAAGGGAGCAUUAUGCCUAACCCUGCCCGACCAAGUGAGGUUUGUGCCUACAAUGUUAGAUUGGACUGUAUGCGAGCUCGUGUCCAUAUACUACUAGUACUCUGUCCUGAGACUCUUUUUAAACUAUAUUAUGAUGAAUUGAAACUAAGAUAAAAUUUAUCUUUGAUGACAUUCUAUCUUAGUAAUCUAAAGAUUUAAUAAAUUAAUGAGUCAGGUUGCAGCCCUCAUGUGAAUUUCAAGGAAGUUGCUAACCUCUGUGUUAAUUUGGAUUAAGACACGUCAUGUCAUCAUUUCUGGGGUAGUACUCUUGGCGUUGUGAAGGAUCUCAUGCAGUGCCAUUCUUCUUUUCAAUUAACCAAAACCACUUUAUAAAUAUGAGGAUAUUAGUGAGUAUGAGAUUUUAUAAAAGAAAGACUUGAGUCAGACAAAUAAAAAAGGUCUGCUAUGACUAAAAAAAUUGUCCAGACAAAAUAUAUAGGGAUCAAAAACUUUUAAAAAUAAUCUGUCUGAAAGCACACACAGUCUUGUUUACUACUGUUUAGGAUGAAAACUUGUCUUAGAAUGCGAAUCUUUGUUAAGAAUCUCGUCUUUGUAGUAGAAUUUUCUCAAUGCCGUUCACUAGUAAGAGUUCUAGAUAAAUUACAAGUAAAGUUUGGCUGGUAGA